AGGAAACUCAUUUUCGAUUUGGGAUCAAGGCACUGGAACAUCAUUGAACCAAGUGCAUUAAUCUACAAGGAGACUACAUUGAAAAAUUAAAAAAGUUUCAGUGAUGGACUUUCUGAAGAUGGUAAGAAGCAGGAUGAAACCAAAACAUUACAGGGGUCAGAAAUAUGAGAGUCUGAGGAAAAGACAAAUGAAGAUAAAGAAGCCAUUUAAUGACCCCCUGUUUCCAGAUAUAAAAUCAAGUAUUGGUAACACUGAAUCUAUUCCUGACAAUUUAGAAUGGAAAAGGCCAAGUGAAUUAUGUGAUCAGCCUUGUCUGUUCAGUGAAAAUGUGCUGCCAGAAGAUGUGCUUAAAGGACAACUAAGCAAUAGAUGGUUUGUGUCAGCUUGUGCUGUUUUAGCUGGAGUCGGAGAGUUACGUAACAAGGUUGUUCCAGAUUACUCAAAACAAGAAUGGAACCCAAACAAAACAGAUGAAUAUGCAGGAAUAUUUCACUUUCAGUUUUGGAGGUUUGGUGAAUGGGUAGAUGUUGUUGUAGAUGAUCUUCUUCCAACUGUGAAUGGUACUUUAUUAUUCACUCAUUCAACAAAGGAGAAUGAAUUCUGGAUUCCACUUAUGGAAAAAGCAUAUGCAAAGCUACAUGGCUCAUACGAUGGUCUUCAUGGGGGACAUAUGGCUGAUGCCCUAGUGGAUUUCACAGGGGGUGUAUCAGAAAUUAUAGACAUGAGAGCAAAUGAGUAUGCUGACAGUCAUGAUAAACGUUCAUCACUAUUUGAUAUACUUUCUGCUGAAAUGAGAAAUCAUUCCUUGGUGUGUGCUGCAUGUACAGUUCUGAAUGAAGAAGAAUUUGGUACCAGAACAGAUAUGGGUCUCUGCAGAGGAACUGCCUAUGCUGUGACAGCUGUCAAAAAAGUUUAUUUGGGAGAAACAAGCCUGAGGAAUAUUUUCAAAGGACGAGAGAAGCUCCGAAUGGUUCGACUUCGAGAUCUGCUUAAUGAUAAGAUCAAGAGUGAGACAGAGUCCAAAGGUGAAGAUGGUGAUGCACGAAGUAAUAAAGAAUACGCUUAUACAACAUCUCAAUUAACAAGGCUCCUGUCAUCAUCACCAGAAUGGUCAAAGGUCAGAGAAUCUGAAAGAGAGAGAAUGGGGCUAACUCUAGAUUAUGAGACUGAAUUUUGGAUGCCAUUGGAGGAUUUUGUGAGAAAUUUUAGUGAGCUGACUAUAUGUCGUCUCUAUAACACCAAUAUAUUUGCUCUGUCACAAACGUGGAAGGAGGAGUCAAUAAGAGGAGAAUGGACUACUGGAGUUAAAGGCUCCCUAUCUGACAGAGCUGGUGGAAGUUCUGAAUUUCCAGAAACAUUUCUUCGGAAUCCACAGUAUUUAUUUGAUGUACGGGAUGAAGAUGAAAUAGUUCUGCAGAUGCUUCAAUGGGAUACAGCUUCUGUGCAUCAAGUAGCAGGACUUCAGAAACUUUUGAUUGGCUUCAACAUUAUCAAGGUUGAAGAAAACCGCAAAUACCGCCUUCACAAGCAGUGGGAACACAAUCCAACUAUUGUAUCAUUUAAUUAUAUAAGGAAAAGGGAGAUUUUUUACAAAGGACAUUUGCCUAGAGGACGUUACAUCUUGAUUCCAACAACACUGAAACCAGGAGACACAGGAGGCUAUUUUGUUCGAAUUUUCUCUACCUCAAAUAUUAAAUUACGGACAAUAAAGCGGGAUGUACCAUACAAAACAUGUUACUGCUGUAAAUCAGGAUAUCCUGUGUGGGUUACAGUGGUCCAUGUUAAAGGAGCUGAAGGCCUUAAGAAAAUGGACAGAAUUGGUUCAUGUGAUGCCUACUGCAUAGUGAAAAGUGAAGGCAAGAAAGCAAAGACACCCAUGGAAAAAAAUUCCGUGAAUCCCACAUGGAAUUCUACUUUUGUCUUCUAUCGCAGCUCUGUUGAUGAACCUGUAAUAAUCAAGGUCUUCAAUCAUAACUCAUGUUUACCAGAUAACUUCAUGGGACAAGUCAAGUUACCAGCCCCAGUGAAUCAGCAUCCGAGCCCUAUUACUGUUGAUUUAAUGGGAAAAGGAAAGAAUGAAGGACAACCAACAAAGGGCUCACUAAUGCUUGAAAUAUUCACCAAUGACAAUUUAAUGAUGGUUUAAUUGUGCCUUUCCAUAGCUUAAAAGUGAUGCUAAUCCCUCUAAUGACCAAAGAUAACUCUGUGUGUGUGUGUGUGUGUGUGUGUGUGUGUGUGUGUGUCUGAGAGAGAAAGAGUGUUGAGUUUAUCUCCUAUGCAAAACAUUUCCCUUACAAAUGCUUUUUAAGUGUGUAAUAACUACAAAGCUAAAUUCAUUGUUAUCAGUUAGCUGUAAUUGUAUCAUCAUAAGACAACUAUCUGUAUUUCAUAUGCACAAUCACAAAAUGCUGUGCCUCUCAAUAAAUAUUUUUGAAAACUUUUCAACCACAAUCAUCUCCAGUAUGACGAUAUGUCAUACUUAGCUGAAGGGUUAAUAUAGUGGUAAGUCUGGUGGUAAAUGCCCUUUUCACAACAGUAAAAAAACAUGCAAUUAAUUGUUCAGAAUAUUCAUGUUUACCAAUAUUUAGAUAAGAAACUACUUUUGUUUGGUGUGUUUUCAGCCUAUCACAUUUUCAUCUUACCAUUCAUCUGAUUAUGGUGAAAGUGUGUUCAAAAAAUAACUGAAUUUAGCUUGUUCAGCUGAUAUCAGUUCUCAAUUCUUUGUGUUAAUUACAAUUUUUAUGUACCUGUAUCUGUAAAAUUCCCUAUUCGAUAUAUUUUUGAAUGUGACUCGCUGAUAUAUCUGAAAUAAUGUACAAAGAUAAUGAAAUUUAUAACUCUAUGUAGCUUAAAGUUUACUAGUAUCCAAACUGUGGCUUUUGUUACAGUUAGUUUUAGAACUUGUGCGAUAUGCUUGGUAGGAAGAUCUAAAAACUGAUGUCAGUUUGUACAACUUAUCUGAUGAAGUUGAGAAUUAUACAUACAUGUUGCAUUAAUAUAUGGAAGGAAAAUGUUAUAUAUAGAUAUAAAUAAUUCUUGCCUCAAGUGU